AUGUCGGCCAUUCGAUCGAAGGCGAGUGGUGGUGUGGUGUGGCUGUGGCGCUUGUGUGACAGUGUGUGGGGGAAUUUUUAUUUGGUUUUCCUGGCAAAGGAGAGAGAGAUAGAAGAGAGAGAGAGAGAGAGAGUGUUUGUGUGUGUGAGCGUGAGAGUGUGUGAGAGGGCCUAGAAUGCGGCAUCGGCUUUGGCGAGGGCUUUGAUUCCCAAGAAAGGAUGCUGCCGCGCAACUCAAUGUCCUUUCCUUGGAGUUCUUCCUCUUCUCUCUUUCUCUGUGUCAAUCAAACCCUAGUCGCGGCGGAGGAGGAUUCGCGAGCGCCGCCGCCAAUAAUCUAGGUCCGGCGUCCUGUUAAGGCGCGGGGCGCGGGAUUGGACAGGUCGGGUGUGGAUUCCCAUGGAUUGGUAGCUCAGGGUAGGACGCGCUGGUGGCAGCGGCCAAGGACAGGGCGGCGCGGCGGCGGCGGCGGCAGGGGAAGCGGUCCAAGAAGAUCGGGGCGGUGGAGAUAUGUCGUCACUCAGCCGGGAGCUCGUGUUCCUCAUCUUGCAGUUCCUGGAUGAGGAGAAAUUCAAGGAGACGGUGCACAAGCUGGAGCAAGAAUCUGGCUUCUACUUCAACAUGAAGUACUUUGAAGAUCAGGUCCAGAAUGGGGAGUGGGACGAGGUGGAGAGGUACUUGUCUGGCUUCACCAAGGUGGAUGACAAUCGCUACUCCAUGAAGAUUUUCUUCGAGAUAAGAAAGCAAAAGUACCUCGAGGCCUUGGACAGGCAAGAUAGAGCGAGGGCAGUGGAGAUACUAGUCAAGGACCUCAAAGUGUUUGCGUCCUUCAACGAAGAUCUGUACAAGGAGAUUACACAGCUUCUUACGCUGGAAAACUUCAGAGAAAACGAACAGCUGUCCAAGUAUGGGGACACGAAAUCUGCCCGGAACAUAAUGCUAUUGGAGCUUAAGAAACUGAUUGAGGCCAAUCCUUUGUUCCGGGAGAAGCUUCAAUUUCCGGGGCUCAAAGCGUCACGGCUCCGAACGCUGAUUAAUCAAAGCCUCAAUUGGCAACAUCAGCUUUGCAAGAAUCCUAGGCCCAACCCAGAUAUCAAAACUCUGUUUGUAGAUCAUACCUGUGGCGCGCCGAAUGGAGCCCGCGCGCCACCACCAGCAAACAGUCCCUUGGUCGGGAGUCUUCCGAAAGGUGCCGGGUUCCCCCCCUUGGGUGCGCACAGCCCUUUCCAACCAGCAGCCCCUACAGCUAGUGCACUUGCAGGCUGGAUGGCCAAUCCAAAUCCUCCGUCACAUCCAGGUGUUGUUGGAGGGCCUGCCGCUCUCGCUGGAGCUCCGAACCCAGCUGCAAUGCUAAAGCGACCCAGGACGCCUCCGCCAGCCCCUACGGUUGAUUUCCAGACGGCUGAUUCCGAGCACUUAAUGAAGCGAAACCGACCUGUUGGUCAGCAUGUGGAAGAGGUCGGGGAAAGCGAUAGUUUGAAUUUUGUAAGUGACUUGCAAAUGCAGGUGAACUUUCCGGGACCAAACAUUCAGCAAGCGUCAUAUACGAUAGAUGAUAUUCCAAAGACUGUUGCGAGGACCAUCAACCAAGGUUCCUGUGUUGCGACAAUGGACUUCCACCCUCUGCAGCAAGUCAUUCUUUUAGUUGGUACAAAUGUUGGUGAAAUUGCUAUUUGGGAUGUGGCCACGCGGGAACGCCUCGCGCUGAAAACGUUCAAAGUCUGGGAGGUUUCAGUGUGUUCUAUGCCUCUCCAGACUGCUCUCGUUAAAGACCCAGCAGUUGCUGUUACGAGGGUUGUUUGGAGUCCAGAUGGAAAUUUUAUAGGGGUGGCUUUCAAUAAGCACAUUGUUCAGGUUUAUCAGUAUUUUGGAGGCGUCGAGCUACGGCAGCAAGUGGAGAUUGAUGCGCAUGUGGGGAGUGUGAACGAUCUUGCAUUUGCCCAUCCAAACAAGCAACUGUGCAUCAUUUCUUGUGGCGAUGACAAAACGAUCAAGGUGUGGGAUGCGGUGAGUGGUCGCAACAAAUACACUUUUGAGGGUCACGAAGCGCCAGUGUACUCUGUUUGUCCGCAUCACAAGGAAAAUAUACAGUUCAUAUUUUCUACAGCAAUGGACGGCAAAAUCAAGGCGUGGCUGUACGAUUGCCUUGGUUCACGGGUUGACUAUGAUGCGCCUGGAAGUUGGUGCACAACAAUGGCCUACAGUGCUGAUGGCACAAGGCUCUUUUCGUGCGGAACUAGCAAGGAGGGUGACUCAUUCCUUGUCGAGUGGAAUGAAAGUGAAGGGGUUAUCAAACGCACGUACAUUGGAUUCCGUAAGAGAAUGCCAAACGUUGUCCAGUUCGACACCACUAGGAACUGCUUUCUAGCGGUUGGGGACGAGUUCUCGGUCAAGUUCUGGGACAUGGACAACAUAAACUUAUUGACCUCCAUCGAUGCCGACGGCGGAUUGCCUGCGAGCCCGCGAAUUCGUUUCAACAAAGAAGGCUCUUUACUCGCAGUAACAACAAUCGACAAUGGUUUCAAGAUUUUGGCUAAUGCAGAUGGCUUGCGGCUUCUACGGUCUUUUGAGGGUAACAAAGUACCUCCGGAAACAAAGGGGAACGUUGCAAGUGCAUCAGGCAGCGGGGUUGUGGCCAUUGACAGACCAGUUUCGCAACCGGUACCUUUUACUGGAGGGAACGGCAUUGAAAAUGGACGCCCGGAGACAAAACCCCGAACUACAGACGACUCAAACAAACUGUGGAAGCUAACUGAAAUUGUGGAACCCUCUCAUUGUCGUGCAUUAAAGCUACCAGAUACUCUACCAGCAAGCAAGAUAUCAAGACUUAUCUUCACAAACAAUGGUCUGGGCUUAUUAGCGCUCGCUUCUAGUGCAGUUCACAAGGUUUGGAAAUGGUCUCGCAAUCCACUUGGAAAAGCGACUGCUAGUUUUCCACCACAACUAUUCCAGCCAUCAAGUGGGAUUCUCAUGACCAAUGAUACGACCGAGAACAAUCCGGAAGAAGCUGUGCCUUGCAUUGCCUUGUCAAAGAAUGACUCUUACGUGAUGUCCGCUUCGGGAGGCAAAGUUUCUCUAUUUAAUAUGAUGACUUUCAAGGUGAUGACAGCAUUCAUGCCACCGCCACCAGCAGCAACGUUCCUGGCUUUUCACCCUCAAGACAACAAUAUCAUAGCGAUUGGAAUGGAAGAUUCUACAAUACAAAUAUACAAUGUUCGAGUUGACGAGGUUAAAAGUAAGCUCAAAGGUCACCAAAAGAGGAUUACUGGACUAGCAUUCUCCAAUGUCCUACACGUACUUGUGUCGUCUGGAGCCGAUGAUCAGCUUUGUGUAUGGGGCACCGAUGGAUGGGAGAAGCGCAAGUCAAAAUUCCUUCAAACACCGCCAGUGAAGGGAACUCCGGCCACCGGAGACACCAAAGUACAGUUUCACAACGACCAUACUCGUCUUCUGGUCGUGCACGAGACGCAGCUAGCUAUUUAUGAUGCCGCCAAACUAGAGCGCUUGAGUCAAUGGGUUCCGAAAGACAACUUCCCGGCCGGAAUCUCUAGCGGAACGUAUUCCUGCGACAGUCGGCUGGUCUACGCCGCGUUUCUCGACGGCGCCAUCGGCGUGUUUGAAGCCGAGACGUUGCGACCAUACUGUCGCAUUGCUCCGACCGUGUAUCUACCUCAGGGAGUCACAGGCGCUCAUCCGCUUGUAGUCGCAGCGCACCCCUCCGAGCCCAAUCUCUUCGCACUGGGACUAACCGACGGAAGCGUCCAAGUGCUAGAGCCUCUAGAGUCGGAGGCCAAGUGGGGGGUGGCGCCGCCGGCGGAGAACGGCUCCGCCAUGGUCACCACCUCGGGUCCGCCAACAGGCUCGGUCCAGGUAUCGGAUCAAGCAUCGAGAUGAGAUUUUGCGGAGGGAUCGUAGCUUCAAGCUUUUGUGAUGGUGAAGGGCGGAGCAGAGCUUGGAGGGGCUCUUUCGUACUUAGGAGGCGGAUGGACGUCGAGGAAAAGCAUGCUGCAGACAUCAAUUUUGUGCCCGGGCUGGAAGUCUUUUGGUAGAGAAAGGUGUACAGAGAAAAAAGCUAAGUUUCUUCGUUUGUGCCGCGAAGAACUGACCGUGGUUUCGUCGUCAGAAGGGAAGGGUUUCGAGGUGUAUACUAUAAUCAACUCAUUCUUAAGUUUCAUAUC